AUGAUUUAUAAUUUCGGCGCUGUGCUAAAAGCACUUUUCCUUGCAACAAUAUUAAGUAUACUAUUAUACUAUGUCCCACGAUUCUUAGCACGCUUUAUUGAGAAAAAGUUUAAAAUACAUGUAGGAUCAUUCGGGUUUCUUUCAUUAUCAGAUCUAUCAUACUCUGGAAGCUCUAAGGGCUCACCACGCCAACAACAUUCCUAUAAGCUAACCGUCAAUAGAAUAUAUUUACAAAUACGGCGACCGUAUAAUGGAUGCAAAGCAUGGGUUACACUCACUAUCGACGAUGUCAGUGUUAUUUUAUCCUCAAUACGGAUGUUCACUCAACCUCAGUCUCGAAAGCUUGAUCAUGUGCGACAGCCAAGCUUGAUCAUGGCGGUACCACAACAAGCGUGGUGGUCCUCCGUUUGGGUGGUUAAAUAUAUAAUGGCAAAAAUUUCAGCAAUACCGUUUCAAUUUGUUCUAUCCUGGAUAGCAAGCUGUGUUGAUGUGAAUAUCACUAAUGUCGACGUAUUAGUAGAAGAUCUAGGUCAAUUUAAAGUGAAUGAAAUAACUCUUGGAAUGAUUCUUUUUGCCAAUGUUGAUUUAAACCAAACGAACCCGAGUCACGUAAAUCUUCUGGGACAACACUCCAUCAGAAAUAGACAUCACUUAUUUACAAAUAAACUUCUCAAAGUCACAUUUUCUUAUUCUUCUUUGUCUAUUCGAGAUAUAUCAUCAGCAAAACUAUGUUUGAGUAACCAAAAAAACCUUCCAUCAGCCAUCGAUUUUCCACAUUUCUCCACAAUUAUACUUUCUUUUUAUCUUUCUGCUGCCUGUACAUCACUUUUAGCUUUUGACAUUAAUGCAUUUUUUGGAGAUAUUAAUGUAUGUGUAGAUUCAAUUCUUCGUCUAAGCAAAUCUAUACAAGCAGCUAUACCGAAAAAAGUGACAAGAGGUCCCACUGAGCCCCAAAGCUUUGGUCAAUCACAACAAGGUCAACGCAAAACUUUCAAAAUGGCAUCCUUGUUAAUAGUUCGUAGAAUGCGAAUGGCUCGUAGAAAGAAGACACCAAUCGAAUUUCUUAAAACAUCAAGACUUUCUGUUUCUCUGGAACAAAUGACUCAACAAUUUGAUGGGUCUGCAGUAAAUACACCUCGAAAAUCAACAUUUUCGCUUUUCUCUGAAGAUAUACCCAAUCCUUUAGAAUUAAAAAUGAGCAUUUUACUCAACGGCUUAUAUUGCGACGUCACUGAUAAUUUGGGAAUGUUUAGAAUUAUGCAGAUUUGUACAAUCUCAAGUAUGUUGACCUGUUCAAAACCUCUGGUUCAUACCAUUGAAUAUGAUCCAAAUCUUUUUUCUUUUAUCGGAACGUUGGAUAUUGUUUCCCCAGAAAUAGCGUUUGAUUAUGGGCAUUUUGAUGUUAUUGAAAAUAUUAUAAAAUCCAUUAAUGACGAGGAUUUUAAAGAAAAACGUGCAUUUGUUCAAACUAAACCUACAGAAAAACAACAAAAAUUGCAAAAUAUUCCGAAAUUAGUUGCAACAGUGUCUAUUGUUAAUCCACUUUUAAAAGUAACUGAAAUCCCAUCGUCUAGUGUCAAAUCUGAUCAUUCACAACUUGCUUUUGGAUUUCAAAACAUUUUAUUCGAUGUGAACGGGGAUUAUACCGAUCUAAGUGAAUUGCCUGCGGCAAAACACGAACGUACAAUGUCUAGGCGAUAUAGCAAAGGUUGGGUGCCUCCAACAUUCUCUAUGGUAUAUAAUUUGGUUGCCAAUCUAAAGACUCAAAGAAUGAGACUAUACACUCUUGAAAAUGACUUAAUACUUAAUCAUUCUUGGGAAAUUUAUUUCAUUACGUCUGCCUUAGGCACUAUCACAAGCUAUAUCAAUAAAGAAAAAACAACAACAUUUGCUCCAUUAUUGGAGUUAGAAACGAUUCAACUAGACAUCGGCCUGUUAAUCGAUGGAAUGGAAAUACAAAUAUGUUGUAAGAAAACCUUUGGAUUGUUACAACAGCUCAUUAAUACAGUGACUAACAUAAUUCCAAUAAAGGAAGCAAAUUCAAACCACCCAAUUCAUACAUCAUCAGUUAAUGCAUCUCAACCGAUAGUGAUGUAUUCUGAAGUUUUAUUAUUCCGCAUUUCUUUGUCUUCAUUUGAUAUAACAAUAGCUGAAGUUGAUUCUCCGGUAGAUUCUUCAACAUCUAGAGGAUUUGACAUACGCCUUCAAGGAAUUACAUUUGACUAUAGAGGUUCUAGGGCUUCAAUAGAUCCAACUGGAGGAUAUAAUGAAAGAAUCGGUCUUGGACUCUCAACUGAUGAAGGUACUGAUUUUCAAUGUGAAACUGGUGGACACGUUCGAGGAUUUGCAAGAGGUUUCAAGGUAACACCUAUUAUGGCACUUUGGGAUAAAGACCUUUUAAAAAAUACCGUCCCAUUGUUAUCCAUUCCAGAGAUUGAAGUUCAAAACGAUUUGAGCAUUGAACACACACAGAAUUAUUCAUCCAAGUUAAAUGUGAAAGUUACAGAGAUUUAUAUAAAUUACUCAUUAUUGUAUCAUUAUUGCUGCCUGGUUGGCGUAAUGAAUGUAAUAAAAUUAUUACCGUUGUCUUCAAAAAAGAAACAUGCUAGCACAAUACAUUCGGCUCCAAUGUCAAAAGACAUUAGUUCGUUUAAAACUGAAGCAAAUAUUUUACUAAACUGUGUGAACAUAUUUGUCGAUUUGCCGGAUGAUAUAAAGUUUUUCAUAAGAUUGGAUGAUUCAAAAUACAGAUUUGCAUCUAUUGACGAUCACGAACUCCAAAUAAGAGGUCUACGAGCUUUUGGUACAAGUCCAAGUGAAGAAGGAUUGUGGGAUCAGCUUGUAAAUGUCAAAAAUACACAUAUUCUACUUUUAAAAGAUGAUACAAAACGGAAUAGUGCAAAAUUACCUCUUGAUGAGAGCAAAGUAAUAAAACAUUUACAAGAACGUCUCUUUGUUCCUGAGGAAAUACAUAUCUUGGACCCGGAAGAGGAAGGGCCAAAGUAUUUGCCAACUAUUCAGCUCAAAGUCGGUGUUUUAACAUUCCGUAUAGAAGAUGAUCCGUUUGAAGCCAAACUUUCUGCUGUUUGGAAACUCGGGUGUUUAGAACAACAGGCUAGAUUAGGGAGAGAGGCUGCAUUUGAAGCAAAAGCUAAAGUUAUUAGGUCACAUGAAUAUCAUCGAAACACAAAGGGAGAAGGAGUAUUAGCGACGGAUGACGCUAAUGUACCAUCAUUACAAGAUGGUGAUAAAUCUGAAUCUCUGCUUAAUACACCGCGAGUUGGUCAUUUCCGUCCUCAACCUUCUCCACGAGCAAAUUUGAGCGUCGAAGAAGCACGUAUUGCCCUUAACGAGUAUAAUUCUCGUAGUUGGAUAAAAUGUGUAAAAGCGUCAAUAUUACAUCAAAAGUUCGAAUAUCCAUGUGAUGACUUGCCUAUUUCAUUAGCUACACGGUCUCGGCAUCCAGCCUUAUUCAGAAUUACCAUAGAGAAAUUUUUAUUGGUUCUCUCUGCGCCCUUGUUUCCAAUGAACGAACUACCCCAUUAUAUGCAUAAAAUGGGUAAAGGACUGCCUUUGAAUACUAAGUUUGCUUUUUUAGUACCUAUACAUUUGAAUUGCAAACUAAAAGAGGCUUGGGCCGAAAUUCGUGAUUAUCCAUUACCAUUGGCGCACAUUCCUUCGGCUGAUUUAAUUAAUGGUGAGGAGCAAUAUUCAUGUGAUAUCGAAGGGCAUUUUGUAAUUGGCGAAGAAUUGAAGCGAUCCGAGUCGAUAAGAAGAAUUGACGUGCAAAUUACCUCACAAUCUAUUGGUGAUAACGAUUAUAAUAUCAUCGUACCCCGUACAUGUUCACCUGUAAAAUUAUACUCUGAUCUUCAUAUCAGUAUAAGUUCAUCGCGUCAUACUGUUGUUUCGUGGGGUAUGGCUACACAACCUGCUAUUCAAGAUGUUGCAAAAGUUUUUGAAAGCUUCGCAAAGCCAAAUCCGGAUCCGUCCGAAACCGUUGGUUUUUGGGACAAAAUUAGGCUCAUGAUGCACUUCCAAAUAUUAAUGGACUUUAAGGGUGAUAGUAAUGUUCAAUUUUUUUCACAAGGCUCGCGAGAUCCUUACCUUGUUACUGGUUCAGGUGCUGGUUUUGUUUUAUGCUGGAGAAAAAACAUAGAAAUUAGAUUAGGGUUUGCAAAUGAACAAAAUGAGCUGUUACAAAUAGACAGCGAAGAAUUUAUUAUGGCCAUCCCCAAUCUAACCGCUUUGGUUUCUUAUGAAGGUCUAUUCCCUGAUAGCGCAUUGUUUGAAUCUUAUGAAAUACAACAUGAUAUUACCAAAAAUUCGGAGACAAGUUCCGCUAAAACGGAGAGUUCGAGUAACACACCAUUUUCUGAUAGUCCAUAUUUCAAAUUCGUGAUGAAAAUUAUGAAUUUUUAUGGUGGUGUUAGGUAUGGAGUGGGAUGUCAUUUUAAUCGUAGUUGCCGCCUUAAUUCGGGAGUAUGUUCAACUUGUAAUGGGCAAGGAAAAUGUCUUUAUACGGAUUUUAUUCCUCAUUAUCAGAUAACUACUAUAUUACCACAAUAUGCCAUUGCACCAAUGGGAGAAGUACAUGAUUCUUUUAGAGGAUUUCGAUCAGAUGGUGUUCAUCUGUCAGUAAGCGUUAUUUGUCCAUUAGAUUGGAAUGAGUCUAUGGAUUUGCGACAACACAAUAAAUAUCGUGGUCCAAAAAAUUCAAUAAGGUCAAGUCCUAAAGCGAUCAUGCAUGGAUUAUCUUGGGCGUCGUUAUUCGAUCCUGCAAUGAUAGUUCCAAUUCGUCAAGGCAAAUUAUUCCCAUCUCUUACGCCACCACCUCUCAAAUUUGCAAAAUUUUUAAAAUCGGUCAAAUUAAAGAUAUGCGUGGAAACAUUAUUUUUAAGUAGUUUUUAUAGGGAAGAGUCAUUAUACGAUCCACUCGACGGUACAAUAAAUAUGGUCGGAAUCAAAGCAAAAAUUGGAAGGUUUAAACAAGACAUUCAUCUUAAGAUGCAAGAAAAUACAAUUAUUUUAGAAGGAAAAGAAGUUAAGAGCCUUGAUAUGAUUUUUCAUGAAGCAGAGACUGAUUUGAAAGAUCUAGAUGUUCGAGGCAUUGCUGUUCGAUAUAUGGAAGGCGCGUUUCCUAUGUCUGAUAAUAAUGAAACUUACCGAAAAGAAUCGUUAUUGGGAAAAGAUGAAGACUUUCUGAAAAUGAAUUUAGAUGAUGAACAGUGGAUUAAUGACGAUGAUUAUGUUGAAUUGGAAUAUAAAUUACCAGAAGCAAGACCUGGAGUGAGAGUAUUACCUUUUUUAAAAAGUCCGCAAAUGAUGUAUUAUAAACGUGCUGAUAUCCAAGAAACUAAAGAAGAGAAGAAUGAUCAAACGACUAAUGUAUGUCACAUGGGACAAGGAAGAGACACUAGGCAAAUUCAAUUGGAUUUUCUCGCAGAACGAUCAAAUCAACUUAGUCGAGAUAUCAAACAACAGGCUAAAUUAUUGUCAGAGAUUGAAGAUAAGAUAAUUAACAAUCCUAAUAACCAAGAGCUCAAAGAAAUCUCUCAAACUAUUCAAAAAGCUACUUCAACACUUUCAAAAAAGCGGAACAUUAUCCAAGAUUUUAUGAAAAGAUUAGAAGAAAGCAUUAACAAGCCUGAAUCGAAAGAUUUUAAAGAUAUAAAUUCUGAUGAUGUUAUUAAUGAAAUCCCUGAUUUUGAUUCAUCUUUGUGGACGGAUUCACAAGGCUAUUUCGGUCAUCGUAUUGUUAUUCAUAACGCUAAGGCCAUAUGGAAUAAUUCUUUAAGGAAUCUAGUUUAUAGAUUAUGGGAUCUUAUCGAACAACACCAAGGGCUUACGUAUUAUAUGUCAACGAGUGCUGUCAAAUUUAUUAGAGAUAUGCAAAAAAAUAUCCGCCAGAAAAUGGAAAGAGAGAUCUACAGACAAUCUUUGCAUAGUGAUACCUUAUCUUCAGGCAAUUUAGAUAUUUAUGAUUUUGAUGCGAAUGUAGCUGCUGAAAUGUUACGAAAGCUUGUUGGGGAAAAAGAUACAAAUUUUGUUGUCCAAAAUGAAACAUCCAAUCUUUCCGAUGAGAAUAAUGUUGAAACAUCGGAAAAUGCACAUGAUGAUAUUCCUGAAGGUUAUUCAUUGUUGAAAAAUUAUCUAGUUCAAUUUAUGAAUCUUCAGAUAAAUUUCCAAUGUGACAAAAAUCCAGGUUCUAGUAUUAUAAUGUUUAUGGAAAGAGCUCAGAUUAAAAUCUUUUCUAUUGUAGAAGAUUGGUCUAAAGGGGACAUUAUCAAUGAAGUAGUCAAAACAAGAACUUUUUUCGGUUUGGACAAUGCUCAGUUCUUUACCAGCUUAAAAAAAGAUUUCCGUACUAGCCUUUCAAGGAUUUUGUCGGAUAAUAAUUAUGGAUCUAAGGGUAGUGAAAAUUGGCCUGUUUGGGUUCCACCUGAAGCAUUGCUUGAUCAUUCUAAAGAAAAUUUAUUGCCAUUUCAAAGAAUAAUUAAACGAACAUCAGCUACAAUGCAAUAUGAUAAAUUCAAUAACUUGCGUAUCAAAGGCAGUGAUAUUAAGAAAGAUGAUUUAGAGCAGGAAACAGAUCGACCAGGACUUGGUGGUUCUGAUGUGGAUGAUUUUGACAAAAGAAUGGAUUCAUGGUACAUAGUUUUUCCUAAAUUCAAGUUAUCCGCCACAUCUAAACAAUAUUGUAUUUUAGUUGAUGUUGUUAAGGAUUUGCUUAUGUUCCGUGAGCCAGCAAAAAAGGAGCGAGCAGAAAGGCUGAAUACAAUCCUACUCGCAGCUGACUUGGAUGAUCUUGAUGGCGUAGCAGAAAAAGUAUCAUUGUUACAAGAGCAAAUUCGUCAAUUGGAAGAUGUGCGGAACCAAUAUCAAUUGCAAUUGCAAGAUCUUAACGAAGAUAUUAAAGGACUACAAGCAAUUGAAAUAGAAUUAAUAGGUUUCCAAGAACAAUUAUAUUUAUUAAUGGAGGCCAUCACAGCGUCACAGAAUAAAAAAGAAAAGGCGGAAAGUAAAAUGGCUUUAAAAGUAGUGGUAAUUACCGAUGAAGUCAAAUGGGUAAUGCGAGAUAGCAAUAGAAAGUCGUUCUGUGAAUGGGGUUUAUUAAAUGCACGCUUCGUUUUAAUGACAAAAGAAGAGAACUCUAUGAAUACUUUAGAGAUCGAUCAUGUACGCGUAAUUAACAAACUCCCAUCACCUGUUUUUAAAGAGUUAAUUGGACCAUAUAUCACUGAAAAUAAUCGUAAUGCAGAGUUUAGUCGCCAUAAAAUGUUACGAGUAUAUUGGGGACAAUUGGAGCCAGUCGCUGGCAUUGAUAUUGUUGAACAUUUCGAAAUUGAUAUGUUCCCGCUUAAAUUCCAGAUGCAGUACGAUGUUGGUAAACUUAUAAUGAUGUAUAUAUUUCCAGAAAAAAAGAAAGAGUACGUUAAUCGCGAUAAGUCGGUCGAUUCAUCACAUGCGACAAAAACGCCAAAAUCUACAUCGGAAUCUAAUCGCGAUGAAAUUUCUGAUGACUUUAUAGAAAUGCCCUUUGAUAUUUUUUCAGAUGAUGAAAUGCCUAACACUUCAGGUUCGACAACUCAGAUCAAUAAGCAGGGCACCAAAAAGCCGGCGCAAAAGCUGGAACAUCAUAAAGAUGAAUCGCAUGAAUUAGAGUUAAUGAAGAAAAGGGCAUCUCAAAAUAAACAGUUUAUAUACAUAAAAGUUCCAGGAGUAAUACACAGUUUCAGUUAUCAGGGGGCAAAGGAAAAAAAUUUAGAAGAUUUAAUAUCAGAACAAGACAUGGUCAUGGUUGGAUUUUAUAGAGCAAUUGAAAAAAGACGCGCUUCGAACUAUUCUCACCCACGCUACAGCAUUACUGAAAGAAAAAUUGAACCCUUAUCAAAAACGUAG